GGCCCCGUCGCUGGGGGUCUGGCGGAUGGCGAGGGGACGGAGGAGACCCCCCACCCCAAGGGAGCUCCCCCAGGGGAGGGAAGGGGAGGGGGGGCCCGAGGGUCUCCUCCCUGAGACUCCCCUGCCUUUCCCCCCCGGCAGGCUGGGGGGCUUCUACACCCUCCCCCUCUGGCGGGGCCUCCGCCUGGUUUCCCUCAACAUGAACUUCUGCUCCGAGGGCAACUUCUGGCUCCUGAUCAACGCCACCGACCCGGCCGGGCAGCUCCAGUGGCUGGUGGGCGUCCUGCAGAGGGCGGAGGAGAGCGGAGAGAAGGUCCACAUCAUCGGCCACAUCCCGCCCUCCCACUGCCUGCGGAGCUGGGGCUGGAAUUACUACCGCAUCAUCAACAGGUUUGAGGGCACGGUCGCCGGGCAGUUCUUUGGCCACACCCACCUGGACGGGUUUGAGAUUUUUUACGACGAGGAGACCAUUACCCGGCCAGUGGGCAUUGCCUUCCUGGCGCCCAGCGUCACCACCUACAUCAAACUCAACCCAGGGUACCGGGUCUACCACGUGGACGGGAUCCGCUCCAGCUCCUCCUACAUGGUCCUUGACCACGAGACGUUCAUCUUGAACCUGACGCAGGCGAACCAGCCCGGUGCCGUGGCUCGGUGGCAGCGCCUCUACGGGGCCCAGGAGACUUACGGGCUGCCCGUGGCCUUCCCGGAGGACUGGAACCGGCUCCUGGACCGCCUCCAGGCCGACGAGCGGCUCUUCCAGCACUUCUGGUACCUGAGGUUCAAGGGCCACCCGCCCGCUGAGCCCUGUGGGGACACCUGCCGGAAGGCCACGAUCUGCGCGCUCCGCACCGGCCGGGCAGCUGAUCCCAAACUCUGCCAGAGCCUCCAGCUGUCCUUCCCGGAAAUCCAGGCCUGGUGGCGGCAACAGCGGUUUUGCUAGCCAGGCCCAAGACAAGGGCCCAGGGGCACAGUGGCCCUGCCCUCCAGCGGGCUCUGUGCAGGUGGGCACAACACAGCGUCCCUUCUCUCGGGCACUCCGUGGGGCCCAAGUUCCCGGCAAGCCCCACCGCCCUCCAAAUUGGCCCCCAGGGUGCGGAGAAGGCCCAGCCCCAGGACUCUCACGAGAGGGUAGGGAGCCCCCGCUGCCUCGGCAGCUCCCCUCCAUGGCUGGGCAGCUCCUCCUCCACCACCCCUGCUCCAGCCCCUUGUGCGGGCGUGGGAAGCAGGCCUGCACGACCUGCCCAUACUGCUGCCCGCAGGCUUGAGUGCCAUCCGCAAAGGAGGAGCCCAGGCCCGAGCGGCUCUGCUGCCAGGACGCCUCCACAGGGCUGCUCUGGCACCAGGCAAAAGCCGGCAGGCUCUUGGGCCUAGCCUCUGCCAGCACGGGGGAGGGGCACCCCCCCUUCUCUUUUGUUCCCCCCUCCCAACAAUAAAUGGCCUCUGUGUCUCCUCCA